AUGCACYCCAAGGUUGUCAUCAUUGGCUCUGGGCCAGGUGGCCACACGGCUGCAAUCUACGCUGCUCGUGCCGAUCUCAAGCCAGUCCUCUAUGAGGGUUUCAUGGCACUAGGAAUUGCUGCUGGUGGCCAGCUCACGACCACGGAUGAGGUCGAGAACUUCCCGGGAUUCAAGAUGAUCAAGGGUGGCACUCUUAUGGAACAGAUGCGUGAACAAAGCUUGGAGUGCGGUACUGAGAUUGUCUCUCAAACCGUGGGCAAGGUGGAUUUGUCAAGCCGACCAUUCAAGUUCUGGCUGAACCCCAUGGGCGACGAGGAGACGCUCGAGGAGGAAACACACACUGCGGACAGUAUCAUCAUUGCUACUGGAGCAAAGKCAAGAAGACUUGAUCUGCCCGGCGAGGAGAAGUUCUGGGGCAAUGGUGUGUCCGCAUGUGCAGUCUGCGACGGCUCCCUCCCCAUAUUCCGCCAGAAACCUCUCGUGGUUAUUGGAGGAGGUGACAGUGCAGUAGAGGAGUCACUGUACCUCACCAAGAAGGCCAGCAAAGUCACAGUUCUCGUUCGCAAGGACUUCCUCCGCGCGAGCAAGACGAAUGCGAGGAGAUUGCAAAACCACGAAAAGGUCGAGAUCAGGUACAACACUCAGGGAGUGGAGAUCAAGGGCGAGGACGGCCCUCGGGGGUUGAUGCAGAGCAUGGUGAUCAAGAACAACAAGACUGGCGAGAUUGAAGAGAUUCCUGCGAACGGAUUGUUCUACGCUGUCGGCCACGACCCUGCGACGCAGUUGUUCAAGGGCCAGGUGAAGAUGGACGAGGAUGGAUAUAUCCUGACCACCCCUGGAACAACGGAGACGAACAUACCUGGUGUAUUUGCUGCUGGUGAUGUGCAGGAUAAGAAGUACCGACAGGCUGUCACUUCAGCAGGAUCUGGCUGCAUGGCCGCUUUGGAGGCCGAGAAGUGGCUCGCGGAGAACGAGGACGUCCCUGUCGCCAAUGGUGCCGAGGCCGAUGAGGGCGCAAAGAAGGGCAGCAGCAGCGAGGCUCCUGAAUACCGUUCCAACCCUCUGUUGUAA